AUGGAAUCAAGAGAAUUACGGAGCAAUGAAGAAGACGUUAAGUCAAUUCAUUCCCCUAUUCGAAAUGAUUCGAAUGUUCAUUCAUCUAGUUACAACUAUAAGUUUAAAUUGACAUUUAAAAAUCGAGAUGGAUUUGAUUUUGUGACAUUCAAUAACAAUUAUGGACCAGGACCAUUCGUAGUAUUGAUUCUUUCACCAACCACCCUACCUUCAGCUUCCACUCAAUAUAAUUUGUAUAAAGUAUUUAAUUGUGUUCUUAGCUCCACAACUUAUAGAGCCGAAUAA